AUGGAGUCUUGGAAUCUACUUCAAGAGCUCAAUUCUCGAAUGACACUUCCGUGGCUUUGUUUGGGUGAUUUUAAUGAAAUAACGAGACAAUCGGAGAAAUUGGGAGGUAGUGUUAGAAGCCAUUCACAGACGCAACUUUUUAGAGAUGCCAUUGAUGAGUGUGGCUUUAUGAACCUUGGCUUUACUGGUUCUCAAUUUACUUGGAAGAAACACUUUAAUGAUGGCCAUUCGGUAUGGGAGAGAUUAGAUCGGGGUUUGGCUAACAGUGAAUGGUUACUUAGAUUUGCUGGGACCACUGUCCAUCACUUACACUCCUUUUCUUCAGACCAUUGUCCAAUCUGGAUAGUGCCGAGGAACUUCAUCUUAUCGAGUGCAUCUAAACCUUUCCGGUUCGAAGAAAUGUGGCUUACAGAGAGAGGGUGUACUGAUACUAUUCAAGCUGUUUGGGCCAUGAAUGAUUCAACUGAUCCAGGUACUAAAGUAAUCAGGAAGAUUGAGAGAUGUGGUGUUGAACUAAAGAAGUGGAGUAUGAGAAAUUUUGGUAGUGUGAGAAAAGAGCUAGAUCUUAAGAAGAAGGAAAUUGUGCAGGCUGAAAAGGAAGCCAUGAGAUCUGGGCUUAAUUUUUGGGUUAGGGAAUUGUUGCUUGAACUUAACAAACUCAGGGAAAAGGAGGCUCGGAUGUGGAUGCAAAGGUCUAAAGUACAAUGGGCAAAACAUGGGGAUAGAAAUUCAAAAUAUUUCCAUGCAAGAACCACACAAAGGUUAAGAAAAAAUUCAAUCUCUACUCUCAAAAAAGGUGAUGGCACGUGGUGUGGGGAUCAAACUAAAGUGGCAGACACAAUUGUAGCCUAUUUCCAAGACUUGUUUAAGUCGGCCAACCCCAUAAAUCUAGAGAGCACUACUCAAUUUAUUUAUCCCAUUAUUAGUGAUGAGAUGAAUGCAAGCUUAGUGGCUAAUUUUGAAGCUAUGGAAGUACAAGAAGCAAUCAAGCAAAUGGCCCCUUUAAAAGCCCCAGGCCGGACGGUUUUAGCAAAUAGACUUAAAAAAAUCCUACCAAAAAUUAUCACUGAAAACCAAAGUGCUUUUACGAAGAGUCGGUUAAUUUCAGAUAAUAUUUUGGUGGCUUUUGAGUCUCUACAUAGUAUGCAGAGACACAUAGGGAAAGUUGACUAUAUGGCCAUAAAGCUUGACAUGAGUAAAGCUUAUGAUAGAGUGGAGUGGGUCUAUUUGGAAGCGAAGAUGAGGAGAAUGGGGUUUGAUGAAAAAUGGAUUAGAUUGAUGAUGAUCUGCAUGACCACUGUAUCCUACUCUAUAUUGAUCAAUGGUGAGCCUACAAGUGUGAUUGUCCCAACCCGAGGAAUUAGACAGAGUGACCCACUAUCCCCUUUUUUAUUCUUGCUAUGUACUGAGGGGCUAAAUGGUCUGAUUACCCAAGCAUCCAACCGGGGUCACAUUAAGGGAUAUGCUUUGUCCAGAAAUAGCCAGAGACUAACACAUCUUCUUUUUACAGAUGAUAGUCUUCUAUUUUGCAGGGCCACAGAGCAGGAAUGCAAUAAUAUUUUGAAGAUCCUGGAUGUAUAUGGGAGUUGUUCUGGCCAACAAAUUAACCGAAAUAAAACCACCAUUUUCUUUAGCAAGCUUACUUCAGAAGAAUAA